GUAUUUACAUUAUGGGUUUGGUUCUGGAGUGGAUCAAGAACAACGGAGGGGCGGAUGCCAUGGAACGACUAAACAAACAGAAAUCCUACAUCAUCUAUGAUAUUAUCAACCGCUCCAAUGGAUUUUAUUCAUGCCCAGUUGACGGUGUGUCGAAGCCGCAUGAACGUUCCAUUCUGCAUCGGAAAGAAGGAAGGGGAUGAAAGUCUUGAAAAGGCAUUUCUUGGUGGUGCUUCUAAACUUGGCAUGAUCUCACUUAAAGGACACAGGUCUGUGGGUGGCAUCCGGGCUUCCCUGUACAAUGCAGUGACUGUUGAAGACGUGAAGGCUCUUGGUGCCUAUAUGGAAGAAUUUCUGAAGAACCACCAGUAGCUUAUAAGCCCUUUUUGCAAGUUGUAGUUUUUACUUGCAUUGAAAAGUGGUUUCUAUACGUUUAAACUGGAGUGACACUAACGAAUUUGCAGCAUUUAUUGCAAUAAGUUGUAGCAGAUGAAUGGACUAUAACAAAACACUAAUUCUCUUUCAUUUCAGUAGCAAAUGGUUGUCAUUGUUACGUAACCCUUUUAUUCAAAUUGUAGUGUGCCUUAAUACUUGUAAAAUUGUAUUUGAAUUGUUUUCCAAAACAUUCCAUGUUUUACUAAUAUAAAUGUGUUAUUAGUAGCUGA